AUGUCAGAUAAUUCCACUACUGAAAAAAGAAAGAGAUCUAGAGCUGAGAGGGAAAAUCGUGAUGCUGAUGAAGAUAUCACUGACGUAUCCUCUGGUGAAGAGGAAAUAAUUGAUUCAUUAGGAGAGGAUGAAGAUAUAGAUUCAGAGGAUGAAUUUCAAGGUGAGAACCCUGCCGAUAAAAGAAGACGUCUAGCUAAGCAAUAUUUAGAAAAUUUAAAAGCAGAGGCCAAUGAAAUUGAUACCGGCCUAGACAAUCUGGAGGAAGGUAUCUCUACUAAGGAAGUAGAUGAAUAUAAUAACUUUGACGCAGCUGAUCUAGAUAGGGAUAUCAUUGCUGCAAGAUUAAAGCAAGAUGUAGCCGAGCAGAAGGGACGUAUCUUCAGGUUUGUUGGUGAUAAGCUGCUAAUCUCUGAAGCUGCUAUAUCAUUCACUAGAGUAGGUGAUAAGAAUUUAACCAGCAUGAGUUGUCACCAAUCUGAACUUAACAAAUUUGAUGCCGAAGUUGAGCAAAAGAAACUGAAUGGGUCCACAAAGAAGAUGGGGAAAAUUUUCGCCUAUACGGUCAGUAAGGACAUGUGUUUAACAAAGUACGAUAUAUCAGAUUUUUCAAAAAGACCUCAGAAAUUAAAGCAUGCCAAAGGUGGUGUUAGAUUUAUCCCUAAAUCUAAUGUUGAAAUCGAAAAUACGACGGAAGGUCAUUACGACGAAAUUCUUACAGUUGCAGCAUCUCCAGAUGGGAAAUAUGUCGUAACUGGUGGUAGGGAUAAGAAAUUAAUUGUAUGGAGUACAGAAUCCCUGGUACCAAUUAAGGUUAUACCAACAAAGGACCGUCGUGGUCAAAUUAUGUCGAUGACAUUUAGAAAGAACUCUGACCAAUUGUACGUAUCAUGUGCUGAUUAUAAGAUUAGAACUUACUCAAUCAAUCAAUUUUCCCAAUUAGAAAUUUUAUAUGGUCAUCAAGAUGCUGUGGUCGAUAUCUCAGCACUUGGUAUGGAGAGAUGUGUGACGGUUGGUGCGCGUGAUAGGACGGCUAUGUUGUGGAAGAUCCCAGAUGAAACCAGACUAACGUUUAGAGGUGGGGAAGAUUCUGAAAAGCUUUUGAGAAGGUGGAUGAAGGCUAAUGCAAUUGAAAAAGAAAAUGGUGAAAUAGAAUACCCAGAUGAAAAUGAAGCGCCAAUCUUUCAUACAGAAGGGAGUAUCGAUGUUGUUAGUAUGAUUGAUGAUUCUCACUUUAUUACAGGUUCUGAUAAUGGUAACUUGUCUCUAUGGUCGAUUGCUAAGAAGAAACCUAUACAUAUUGAAAGGGCUGCCCAUGGUGUAAUGGAAGGUCCAACCUUAGAUACCAUAUCUGGUGAAGCAAAAGAAGAUGUAAAAAUAAGACAACUUCAGAAUAGAAAAUUAAAACAUCCUUAUUGGAUUACUUCUAUUUACGCAAUUCCAUAUUCAAAUACAUUUAUUUCUGGUUCCUGGAAUGGUAGUCUGAAGGUUUGGUCAUUAGAAGAAAACAUGAGAUCAUUUAAAUUAAUUGGAGAAUUGCCUAACUGUAAAGGUGUGGUAACAAAAAUACAAAUUGUCGAGAGCGGGAAACGUGAUAAAGAAACGUUCCGCGUGUUAGCAAGUGUUGCCAAAGAACAUAAACUAGGUAGAUGGGUAAGAAAAGUUCCCGAGGCAAGGAAUGGUAUCUACUCUGCUACUAUUCAACAAACUGGGUUUUGA